AUGGCCGAAGUAGAGAUCCUCGAAGAGGCUGUAGACGCGUUGGAUGAGAUGGGCAAUGAUGAAGCUGAAUCCACCGCUCACCAUGAAAUUGAAGCGGAAGAGUCUGCGUCUGAGGCUGAUUUAGAGGUUGAGCUUGACGAGGAAUUGGCGGUGUCUGAUGGUGCAGACAUGCCGGACGAUGUAGCUACGAUUUCUACUGAGCUUGGUGGAGAGAUGAACAAGCAUGCCGAUGCUGACGUGACUGCUGGUAGUGCUGCAGAUGAAGGCAUGGACGAUUUGGCUGCUGCAAAGACGGCCAGACAUGAUGACGGUGGUGAGGAUGCAGUCGGUUUCGUUACAGAAACUGAAGUAACGUCUCCUCCUGUUGAUGCGACCGAUUUUGACGACGUCGAUCUAUUUUUUAGUGAUGAAGGAAACGUUGCAACUGCUGUCGGACAUUCUUCGGUAGGUGACGGAGAAGAAAUGGCUGCCACGGAAGCAGCUUCACUCACCGCUGAUUCAGUUGGUGCAACUGACGAGGUUGUGCAUGCGGAUGCACACGUACAUGUUAAAGACACGCCAACCAAGCUGCAGCCUGUGGAAAAGUUGUCAGCUGCUGUUAAAGAGGAGGCAGACAGAAGCAUCACGUCGACGAUGAACGAGGUUCUUGCAAAACUUGUGGAGCCUUUUACAGCAGCCAAGACAGCUGCAGCUCUCGCGACGACCGACAGCGCGUAUCAAGUCGACGAGCUUUAA